UUGCCUACCAUCUAAAGAGAAGAAAACACAUAUCACCGGCACAGAAGUAGUUGAAGAAAAUCAAUUCACUAAAAUAGUUUAUUUGCAAAAGGAACACAACAUGGGUUCAACCACAGGAGUUGGGAAGUGGAAGAGGGAUACUCCCCCAUCUGACUUCAUUUUUAUGAUACGUUCCUUUUCUCAACUGUCACAAUCUGGAAUUGAGAAACUUGAAUCUGGAGUUUUUCAAACGUGUGAUAAAAAAUGGAAGUUAUGUGUUCAUUAUCACAAAGGGAAUAAGAAAGCAGGCGAUGAAGAUGAUGACGGUCGCAUCUCCCUCUAUUUACAAAUGGUUGAAACUGAAAGUCUUCCUCGGGGAUGGGAGGUUCAUGCAAAGUUUAGUCUCUUUGUUUACGAUCAAGUCAAUGACAAUUAUUUGACCGUCCAAGAUGGUGGUGGAAAAGUGAGGCGCUUUCACUACAUGAAAACUAAAUGGGGUUUGGAUGAAUUACUUCCAUUGUCGACUUUUACCAAUCCAUCCAAUGGGUAUCUAGUCGAUGACACUUGUGCAUUUGGAGCUGAAAUUUUUGUACUUCCAAAUUCUACAAAACGUGAAUGCCAUUCCAUUGUGGUGAAUAAGGAUCCUGAGCAAAACAUUCACACUUGGAAAGUAAGCGGCUUCUCCUCUAUAAAGACGGAAUUCAUUACUUCUAAUGAGUUCCUCAUUGAAGGAAUCAAAUGGACAUUAAGGCUAUAUCCCAAAGGGUACUCAACGGCGAAAGGCCAAAGUUUGUCCCUUUACAUGGCAUUGACCGCGGCUGAGGAUGUUAGUAACAACCUUGGUACUAAAUUGUUCGCAAAGUAUAAGUUCCGGAUAUGCAAUCAACUCAAUGCACAACACCAUGAAUCUUCAAGUGUGGAACAUGUUUUUGACGACCCCAAAGGGCCUUUCUAUGGCUCACAUAAAUGUAUGCCCUUGAAGAUGUUGGAGAGUACAUCAGGAGGUUUUCUGGUAAAUGACACCCUGGUUGUACAAGUUGAAUUUCUACUUCUGUCUAGGGUUUCUGAUUUCUAGACCAUCAAUGGCAGAUAAUAGAAUAGUACGUGCAAUACAGCCGGAAUGAUUAAUCAUAUUAAUAAUUAUAUUAGUUAGUAUGGACUGUUAAAACUCAUACCAGUCAUGUGUAUUUCACGUUGCUUAUUCAUGCAAUGUAUAUGGUGUAAAGAGUAAAUGAAAAAUAAAUACUCUUCAUUUACUUCAUCCAUGCUUGAGCAAUAUAAUUAUAAAGCGAUAAUAAUAAAGAAUGACUAUCUUCAUA